UGAAAAACUUCCGGUUUCUGUCAAAACAAAUACACGCGAGCGUCAGUUGUUCAUGUCAAUACACAUCUUAACAUUUUAGAGGAAAGAGACUGAAAACGGGAAUAUUUUUGUCAUUUUAGGUACACAAAUGUGUGACAGUUUGACUACAAUUGAUGAGCUACCAAAUGAAAUUCUACUUGUGAUAUUUAGCUACUGUAAUGUUGAUUCAUUGAACAAUUCUUCAUUGGUUUGUAAGAGAUGGAAUGUUGUGAUUGGUCAAUCAGACAUUUUAUGGAAAGAACUAUGUUCUUCCUUGCAUGAAACCAGGAGGCUGAUACAAACAGACAGGGAGCUUGGUAGAUCUUGGCAGGAAUCAUUCAAGAUGAAUUACAACACUAACGAGACAAAGAAGAAAUGGAAGAAAGGAGAGUUUAGUAAUCCAAAAAAUUACCAAGCACUGCCAACUAAACUGGUUUGUAAAAUGGACGAUGAGAGCUGGGGUGAAAUAUUCCAGAUGGAACUGGAUCGUUGUUGAUUCAUAUUUCCAUUUUACUUAAGAUACUAGUAGAAAUGAAGAAUAAAUAUGAACAGCCUACUAAAAGGAUUUAAAAAAAAGACUAAAAUUGAUGAUUACCAAUGACAAAUUCAUUGCAUACUUAAUGUUUCAAGUACCAUGAGGCCAGAAAGUUUUGAUGCUCAGUUUAAUUUUGAGAAAAACCUGAAAAAAAGCAUCUUAUUUGGUUUUUAAUUUUUAAAAAAAUGUUUUAAAGUAAAUAUAUAAACAGAGAUCUACCGCAAUAGCUUAAAUAUUAUUCUUUAUAAGCAUAAGGACUAAAUGACAUGUACAAAAAACUUUUUGUCUCACUGUUGAAGACUUAAUCUAUUAUAACAAUCUAUUAUAGGGCAGCUUGAAAAUACAUGUAUUUUCAUUAUAUUAUUAAUGGUUUCAGGUUAUUUUUGUAUUUAUCAAAUUUUUUAAUUUUUUUUAUGUUUAUGUUUUUGUUUAUUUAAUUCAUGAUAAGUUUUAUGAUUUAGUUUUAUUUGCAAGUUGUUUUCUCUGUAGCUAUAUAUAGAUGUACAGAAUAUAUGUUUGUUGUUUUCAUAUGGAAGUAAAUGAGAUAUAUAUCAAAACCUUUAAAGCAGUCAAUAUUGUUCAUAUUGAUGAAGAAUAUUAUUAAAACUGCUUAGACUGAACAUAAAUUACCUAAAUUCCAUAUUGAUGUACCUAACUAUUUUAAACAGAGUUUAAACAAUACAAGUUUUUCAUGUUAUAUUUGUUUUCAAGAGUUAUGUCUCUUUAUAACAUAUAUUAAGACACAAUUUAGAUUUAUAUUCUAAAAAGCUUCUUUGCCAAUUCUCAAAGAUACAGACAAAAAUAUUUGAUUUCAUCAUUUAUCAAGACAUUGUAAUUUGCAAAGGGAGAUAAUUUCGACCAAAUUGUGUUUAAUUCAGGGGGAGACAAUUUAAGUAAACAUUUACAUUGUAUUCAGAAAACAUGAAAGAUUUAAACAUAUAUUUUAUUUCUUAUCAUUCAGAAAA